AGCGGUAGCUAUACGAAAACGACGGCAACAGCGGCGCACCACUGGCGGCGGCGACGACUACGGAUUCGUUUUGCCUAGUUUUUUUUCCUACCGUCCUUCGCCGGUUAAUACGAUCGCAACGAUCAACGAGCGCGGACCUACCGCACAUACCACUAAUCCACAACAAUACGUAUUACAAUAUUAUUUCCGAACACACGUCGAUCGACUGCACGCGAUGACCAGCGUUUCGGAAAUACUGUCGUACGACUCGUCGGCCCAAGACGAUUACUAUCAAAUGUUGGGAUGCGAUCAGACGUCUACGGUGGAGCAAAUAAGCGCAGAAUUCAAAGUAAGAGCUCUUAAGUACCAUCCGGAUAAAAACUCCGGCGACAAGAAGGCUGAAGAAACGUUCCAGAAACUUAAUGAAGCCAAAGAAACACUGUGCGAUCCGGAAAAGCGGGCAACUUACGACAAAUGGAAGAAUAGCGGCGUGGCCGUUAGCUAUAAAACAUGGCUGAGCAACAAAGAACAUUUCCAACAAUCAAUGCACUGGGCACAAAUGAAUACCAAAGACAGAAUGCUUCCGGAAGGUGGUGAAGGGGCUUCGUCUUCAAUGGCGUCCAGGAGAGCAUCUGAAGGUGGAGUGAACUUAGGAGCCAACAAAGUAAAAUGGGAUGCCAAGUCUAAUGCAGAUAUUAUUAACAAGUUUCGCAAUUACGAGAUAUAAGUCACGUAGAUAUUGUCUAUAUAAAAAAAAAAAAACAUUCCUUCGUCGAAUAAAUACUUUUAUCGUGAUUUGAUAUACAUUCAUAUAAUUUGUACUUAUAUAUACUAUAAUAUACAUAUUAUACUGACUCAUAUAAGACACAUCUUUACCCGGAGGCCUGAGAAGUGAAAUACGUAAUAAGUAUAACUGCACAUUAAAAUCAACAAUAUUACUAUUAUAAUUUGAUUACGCUUACUUCUAAAAGGGUAAAUAACGAAACUUUUUAGGGUAAAAUAGAGUGAAUAUUUUUUUUCUUCUCAGACUUUUGGGUACAUAUUCAAUCAAUUGAAUCUUCAAAAAAUGUCUCUUCUAGUUAUUUCAAAACACAAUACUAUUCAACUAUUGUCUAGUCAAUAAAGAGUAAAUGAUAUUUCACGUUCACAAUUAGUUGAACGCCAUCUAUUUUGAGUCUAAUAGAUUACGUUACUCAAACCUAAUUAAUGUAGUUUGAUAUCCAUCUCGCAAAACACAAAUUAAUUGUAGCAUCGGGGAAUUCUACGUUUCAAAGACGUAAUACUAAUAAUAAUAGGUAUAAUAAUAUGAUAUGUCAUUCUGUAAUUAUAAAUUUAGAAUAUUUUUGAAACAAUUAGCUAAGAUGCAGUGUUACAGUACAAUAUUGAUAGUAUCGUGUUCUAAUUUAUUGCAUAAUUGUAAUUAUAUUGUAACAAUUAUACAAAUCGUAAAAUCGUACCUAUACCUAUUAUGUUAUAAGUUAUCGGUGUCUUUCGUUCACGCCGAUGUAGUUGUAUUACUAUUUAUCACGGUUACCUAUAUUUACAAUAAUAUCAUACAACUAAGCUUAGUAUAUUAAUAUACUUGACUGUAUUGCCAUUUCGGUGAGAUAUUGUUUCUCAAAUUUGUAAAAAUAAAAUAUACGUAUAAUGAAUACAAAA